UCAUUAAUUACUCUCUUUCCAUCUAAAGAGCAGCAGCAGCAGCAACCACGAAACCCUCGUUUCUAUUCCCCUAACUAGAUCCGAAAAUCCACAGAAAUUAUCCAAAAUGGGAGGCGGAAAUCGCCAUGGAAGGAAGACGCGGAUGGCUGCGGAGCUUCUGAAAGGAAAAGAGCUCGCAAUCCAGCUCCUCAAUCACCUGAAGAACUCGGCUCGAGACGACGACCUCGUCGUCUCCGCGGAGGAACUCGCGCACCAGAUCUUGACAUCCUUUGGAAAUUCUCUCUCCCAGCUCAGUUCUCGCGCCGUGUCGGUCGAGUCGUCGUCAGCUCAGAUCCCCGCCGUUGACUCCGGCGUCAGGAAGAAGACUCCGGCGCCGUUAGGGUUGAGAAAUCGGAGGGGCUGUUACAAGCGAAGAAGGACUUCAGAUUCAUGGACAGUGGAGUCUUCCACUGCAGAAGAUGAGUUUGCCUGGAGAAAAUAUGGACAAAAGCUUAUCUUGAAUUCCCAUUAUCCCAGGUGCUAUUACAGAUGCACGUACAAGAAUGGAGGGUGCAAAGCCACAAAGCAAGUUCAAAUGAUCAAAGAGAAGCCUAAUACACUUUACCAAAUUACAUACAUCAAUCAUCACUCUUGCUCCUCAUCAUCAUCAUCAUCAAAUCCAAUUAGGGCUUUUUACAAAAACCCCAAUUUCAGUUUGGAUGAUGAUGAUGAUGUUCUUGUGCACCCCAACAAAAUUAAUAAUCUCAUCAUCACUUUCGAGGCCAAAAAUGGCGGCGACAGCCGUAUCAUCACCUCCGGAAACCAUCAUCCGGCGGUGAAAUCAGAAGAACAAACCGAUGCACGAUCACUUGCUGGUUUACAGUCUUGUGGGUCAACAAAUAAUUUUCCGUAUAGUGAAGAUAUUAGCGAUCCGUUUGGCAACGAGGAGAUCGAUAGCUUCUUUUGCUUUGGCGACGACGAGAUUGAUGAUCACUUCAUGUAUUAAAUUGGUUAUAUAUUAUACUAAGUGUUCCAUUGUUACCUUGCUGUAAUAAGCUAUAUAUGAGUUGUAUAAGUGUGUGUGUUCUAACAUAAAUAACUGAAAUUCAAAAAUAAACAGUGUAUUCUAAGAUAUAAUAAUGUCGAUUUUUGAUUUAUUACUGAAA